AUCCUCCGUCCGUCCGUCCGCCCACCCGCCCGCCCGCAAUCGCCGAUUCCCACCCCACUCUCGUUCAGAAAAAAAGCUGAGGAAAACGGAAUACGGACGGCGCAAGCAAAGUUAACCUAUCCGAUCUCCUCACUCAUCCCCAUCAGAUCAGCACAGGCAACGGCGAGAACAGAUUCAAACCCAGCCGCCCGUCACCGGCGGAGGAAUCCGGCGCCGACUUUAUCCCAUCGGUGUGGGGGCGUGGGCGGGUGCCCACUUGGGCGCGGCGGCCGUCAGGUUGGCGCGGAUGCCUCGUUCCGCGUGCCGGCUCGCAGUCCGCUCCAUGCCUCCUGCGCGGCUACAUAUGUAGCGGCUAGCUGAUGGCUGUCCGCUGCGUCUUUCCCUCGGAAAAGAAAAAGGCUUUCGCUGCGCAGUGGCUCUACUGACUACUCGGGUUUCGUCUGAAUUUGGAUGGGCCAGAUGGUUUCGGAUGAUAAAUUCGAAGAACAGGCGGCUCGCGACGGUAAAGGUGGCAUCAUUAAGAAUGGGAGGGAAAUUUUAUUCCAGGCUUAUAACUGGGAAUCACAUAAGCACAGCUGGUGGAGUAAUUUAGAGGAGAAAGUUGCUGACCUGGCAAAAUCUGGGUUUACGUCAGUAUGGUUGCCUCCACCUACACAGUCAUUAUCUCCAGAAGGCUAUCUACCGCAGAACCUUUACUGCCUUGACUCUUGUUACGGUUCCCUCGACGAGCUAAAAGCAUUGCUUAAGAAAAUGAAUGAACACACUGUUAGGGCUAUGGCAGAUGUUGUUAUAAACCAUCGAAUUGGGACUACUCAAGGAUCCAGUGGGAUGUAUAAUCGUUAUGAUGGUAUCCCAAUAUCAUGGGAUGAACACGCUGUUACAUCUUGUUCUGGUGGGAAGGGAAACAAAAGCACUGGGGAUAACUUUGAUGGGGUUCCCAACAUAGAUCAUACCCAGCCAUUUGUACGGAAAGAUAUUAUUGAAUGGCUGAUCUGGCUUCGAAAAUCCAUUGGUUUUCAAGAUUUCCGCUUUGAUUUCACAAAAGGUUACGCAGCAAAGUAUGUGAAAGAAUACAUAGAGGAAUCAAAACCCCUUUUUGCAGUUGGGGAAUUCUGGGACAGUUGUGAAUAUAGCCCCCCUGAUUACCGACUUCACUACAAUCAGGAUAAGCAUAGGCAGAAGAUUAUUAAUUGGAUAGAUAGCACUGGAGGACUUUGUGCUGCGUUUGAUUUCACAACGAAGGGUAUUCUUCAGGAAGCUGUCAAAGGAGAGCUGUGGCGUUUGCGAGAUCCGGAAGGGAAACCACCUGGUGUGAUGGGAUGGUGGCCUUCAAGAUCAGUUACAUUUGUUGAAAAUCAUGACACAGGGUCAACCCAGGGUCAUUGGCCUUUUCCAUCUGAGCAUGUCAUGGAGGGAUAUGCUUAUAUACUCACACACCCGGGUAUCCCCACAGUAUUCUAUGACCACUUCUAUGACCAGGGAGCUUCUCUACAUGGAGAUAUCACUAAACUGAUGGAAAUCAGGAAACGCCAAGACAUACAUAGCCGAUCCGCAGUCAAAAUUUUGGAGGCGAGGUCAGACCUGUAUUCUGCAAUUAUCGAUGAUAAGUUGUGCAUGAAGAUCGGGGACGGCUCGUGGUGCCCAAGCGACCCGCAGUGGAGGCUAGCGGCCAGUGGACGUAGAUAUGCUGUGUGGCACAAGUGAAACCUAUGAGUGGCACCAAUAACAGGCUAUAUCUGCUCCGCUUUACGGCUUAAUAGGGGUGAAAUCGAAUUAGAUAUGAACGGAUAUAGUUUAUUAUAUAUCCCAUCCUAUAUUUUUUUCUCAGAGUUAGGUACAGAUAGUGCCGAAUAAUUAUUUUUUCAUCAUAUAUCUUAUUAUACUUUUUUU